AUGUUAACCGAGGCCGUCAAAGUGCAAGCACAGUGCUAUUCUUCGAGAGUUCUAUCUCAUGAAGAGCCUGAUGCGGUCGAAGACGAGCGCCAGUUAAGAUCCAUCAAGAAGCUGUUCAAGAUGAAUGCAGAGACGGACUCGUUGAAGAUACAAGGAGGAGUUGCCUUCGCUGCUCAGACCUUCGCUCGUGCCCUCAAUGCAGAAGACUGGGAUUUCGUCACGUCAGAGACGAAUUUGUCAUAUUUCUUGAAAUAUUUCCUCAGAUUUCUGUCAAUUACAACAACGAUGGCACAACUAUUGGCUGCAUACCUGAUGAGUUCAGCUCCUGGUAAAGAUGCCAGUCAACUUCGAAAAGUCUGUGAUACUCUCAAUGCGCACAUCACCCCAAUCUUCGACCAGCCAAACCGAAAUGGGCGACGUGAUGUGAAUCGUGGACGAGACCGAGACGAAAGAGACCGCGCAGCCAGUGUCAUUGAACUGUCAAGGUUUCUACGGCUUAUCCGAGUGAGUUAA